CAUCAUGAAGUUGCUUGGAAAGCCUAGGAACCGGACAGCUGCCAUCCUGCCUCUGUGCUUGCUCUUUUUGAAGAUCCUGCAACCAGGGCACAGCCACCUUUACAACAACCGCUACGCUGGUGACCAGGUGAUAAGACUUAUUCCCAAAACAGAAGAGGAAGCAUAUGCACUGAAGAAAAUAUACCACCAAUUUAGGGUGGACCUGUGGCAGCCCAGCAGUAUCUCCUACAUAUCAGAGGGCACGGUUACUGAUGUCCAUAUCCCACAAAAUGCUUCCCAAGCACUGUUAGCCUUCUUGCAGCAAGCCAACAUCCAGUACAAGGUCCUCAUAGAAGAUCUUCAGAAAGCACUGGAAAGGAGCGGCAGCUUGCAGACCCACAGAAAUCGAAGAUCUGUUCCUGGACAUAAUUAUGAAGUCUAUCAUUCCUUGGAAGAAAUUCAAAACUGGAUGCGCCAUCUGAAUAAAACCCAUUCAGGCCUCAUUCAGAUGUUCUCUAUUGGAAAAUCAUACGAAGGAAGGUCUCUCUAUGUUUUAAAGCUGGGUCGAAGGUCUCGAGCUUACAAAAGAGCUGUCUGGAUGGACUGUGGUAUUCAUGCACGAGAAUGGAUCAGCCCUGCCUUUUGUCAGUGGUUUAUAAAAGAAGCUCUCCUGACCCAUCGGAGUGACCCAGCCAUGAGAAAAAUGUUGAAUCAUCUGUAUUUCUAUGUCAUGCCUGUGUUUAACGUUGAUGGAUACCACUUUAGCUGGACCAAUGAUCGAUUUUGGAGGAAAACAAGGUCAAGGAACUCAAGGUUUCGCUGCCGCGGCGUUGAUGCCAAUCGGAACUGGAGAGUGAAAUGGUGCGACGAAGGAGCUUCGAUGCACCCUUGCGAGGACACGUACUGUGGACCUUUCCCAGAGUCCGAGCCAGAAGUGAAAGCUGUAGCCAACUUUCUCCGAAAACACAAAAAGCACAUCCGGGCUUACCUCUCUUUUCAUGCAUAUGCCCAGAUGUUACUCUAUCCCUAUUCUUACAAAUAUGCUACGAUCCCUAAUUUCAGCUGCGUAGAAUCCGCAGCUUAUAAAGCUGUUAAUGCACUUCGAUCUGUGAAUGGGGUGCGAUAUAGAUACGGACCAGCCUCCAGCACAUUGUAUGUGAGCUCUGGAAACUCAAUGGACUGGGCCUAUAAAAAUGGAAUACCCUAUGCGUUUGCUUUUGAACUCCGUGACACUGGGCACUUUGGCUUUCUGCUGCCAGAGGUGCUCAUCAAGCCCACGUGUACAGAGACCAUGCUGGCCGUGAAGAAUAUCACGAUGCACCUGCUCAAGAAGUGUCCCUGAGGGAUCCCAACCGUCAAGUGCCAGAGAACGAGUGGACUCUGGAGGGUGGCUACUUGGAUGGAAGCAAAUUAUUUUUAAAGAGAAGAAAAAUUAUGGACAGUGAGCAUAUCUGGGUACUCUUAAAGGACUUUGUCAUGCAAUUUGACUCCAUGACCAUGGCGAAUGGUCAUUAUGACAUCGCGUAGUUUCUUGUAAAAGAAGCUCAUCUUGUCCUGGUGGCCCAGUGAGGUAAGCAUUAGAUUGCUAACCAAACAGUCGGCAGUUCAAACCCACCAGUCGCUCUUCUGGAGAAAAGUCGAGGCUCUCUGCUCCUGUCACUCUCUGUAGCCUUGGCAACCUUAUAUGCAGCCACUCUGAGGCGGAACCGAUUCACUGGAUGUGGGUGGGAUAUCCCCUUAGAGUUUUAUUUGGUUAAGGUACAAGAUUACGUUCAAAUGUUUUUGUCCCGAGA